UUUGAUCCAGCUCAUACCGGGAUGGACCCUGUGUGGCUCUGCUCAAACACUUGACCUUCGGCUGUACGCCCUGUCCGAGAGGACGUCCCUAACUGAAUCUAGAUACUUAUUUUCACCUCAGUCACGAGAGAAAAUAUGUGUAUUAACCAAGGGCACAACGUUGGGCCUGUAAGGGAGUCUCGUCUGAACAGCUAAACGAUAAGGUCAUGUCUUAUUCUCCUACGUGAGGUCAAUUUCAGAAAAUGUCAACAUCCUUUGUUUACUUAACGCCAGGCAACCCUACGAUGGUAGGUAAAUCUACAAAGGUGCACGCCAGACAAACAUGUUUUUGCUAGAAGAUCUGCUCAAAGUUCAUGGUCCAUCCAGUAGGCAUACAUAACCUCGACCCCGGGCCUCCUCUCUGUGUAAGUGUAGAUCCACGCGCACAGUUCAAUGCGACCUACACAUGUACAGUACUGGGCUAUAGUACAGUACCUAUGACCAAAAUGUCCUGGUUGAAAACAACUGUGCUUUUCCUGUGUGUCUUUUGCAUGGGGGCUACGUCCAACCGACAAAACGUCUGUUCGCCACCAUCUCAAGGCCACUUUGCAGUGAGAGACCACACUGGGGGUCACAUCUGUCUGCUUGCCGACAUGGGCUUGCAGUUCAGAAUCCUGUACGCAAAAAAUGACGGGAAAGACGGCACCAGCGUCUUCGAUCUACCACAAACUGCCAACGCCACAGGGUUCUGUGGUUCGGACAGCUCCAGUCUGACCUUGACGUUCCAUGAUGACGCCUUUAAUGUAACAUUCGACUUCGUUAAAUCAGCAAGAAGGACCGGCGCCAGUCGCUUCCACGUGUCCGCCAUAGAAAUCUCGUACACCGAGCUGUCGUCCUUCUUUCCCGGGACUAAGAGCCCAGACGGCCGCAGACAGGUUAAAAACAACACGAUGGACAUCUUCUCUGCAGACGCCGACAAGUCCUACAUGUGCAACACCGAUAUGAACAUCACCGUUACCAAGGACGUGUCCAUCCUCGUUCGUAAAGUUCAGCUCCAGCCGUUCGGGGUUAAGUCGGGACAGUUCUCGUGGGCUCAAGUGUGCUCUCAGGACUCGGGUGACAAGGGCGGCGUUAACAUAGCAGCAAUUGUGAUCGGUGUUAUUGCUGGCGUGGCGCUGCUUGCUGGAGUUUUCGCUUACGUGAUUAUGAGCGAAAAAAAGCGUCAAGACUAUCGAAGCCUCAAUAGUGAUUAAGAUAUAGUCACUGGUGUUAGUGUACUAUGAAAGAUUUAGUGACAUGUAGAAACAACCCAAACUGUUCCCGAAUGGUUCCUAUUUUCACCAGCACAAAAUUUGUUACCAACGCAUCGUACUAGAGGGCGCUUUUCCGUGAAUGGAAAAUAUUUCAGACAUUGUCUGUAGCAUGCUGAGUGUAUGAAACUGUAGCUUUAUCUAGUAAGCUUCACUUCUUGUUACAGAUAUAAUUGAAACAUUGGUAGAUAUUCUAAGAUCGUUUGUCAACACCACCGCUUCGCCAGUGUUUCGCCAGUCAAUAUAUGGUUAUAGCCAAUCAGCAAAUGAAAAUCUCUGCUGUCCGGUAGAUGAUGACCCUAAUGGUAGUCGUCUACAUUUUUGUGUGUGACAUGAACAGGUAGGAGGCGUGUGCUCUAAGUCUAGAUAAGCCAUCUAUUUCCGUGGAGUUAUCGAAACCGAAGCUCGAGUUAACUGAUUGACGAAGGGUUUUUGACUUGCUAGUUUAUCAUAUUUUCUUCUAAAAACCAUCGUCUAAAUGCCCUUUUGUAAGAGAAAAAAAUUAUGUUGCAAGUUGGUAAAAUGUGAUACCAAAUGCCGAUUUGAACUUUGACAU